UGCCAUGCCGUAAAAGGGUAGGUAACUGUCUUCCGGUCACUGCCUUCUCAACAGUAUUGCCAAAUGCCAGCUAAACACUUUCCAGCUUAAAUUAUCGUUUUGGCGUAGGAUAAUCGAACAGUGAAACAAAAUGUCUGACGAUUCUGCCUGUCUGUUUAAAGUGGUAGCUGGUGCAGCUGUCGUUGGUAUCGGCUUAUUAGUUAUUUUACUACCAAUGAGUUUCCAUGGAAUAAAUUAUUAUGAGAUGGGAUUUAAGAGACAGAAAAGUACAGGUACUGUUAAACUGGACAAAACUUACGAGAGUGGACUGCACUUGAUAGGACCUGAUUUUGAGUUUAAAGUUUUCCCUGCAGAUAGCCAUGAUGUUAACUUGUAUAAUAUUAAAGCCUUUACUUCCGAUAAACUAGAGGUCAAGGUUUCAGUAUCAUUUCAGUAUUUCUUGCGUUCCUAUGAAUUGGCAGAUCUCCACAACAAAUUCAACAUGGAUUAUGAAGAUGUGAUGAGAUCCAAAGCUAUAGAUGCAUUAAAGGGUGCUAUUCCUGUGUACAAUACCAGAGAGGUUGUCAAGAAGAGAAAAGAAAUAGAAGAAGUUAUCUACAAGGCUAUAAGAGAAAGACUUGGAGGAAUUUGUUGUGCACCACAAGAAUAUUGUAAAUCCUGGAAAUUUGCUUGUCCCUUAAACUGUAAGAGUAGAGACAUCUGCAACGAUGACGAUAAAGGUGUCUACGUAGACGUGAAGUAUUUCCAGCUUGGUAGCAUCAGAAUUCCUCAUACUGUAGAGGAAAGAUUUCUCCGUCAGCUUGUUCUACAGGAAGAAACAGAUAGGGAGAAGUUAUUACAGGGAGCUCAGAUUGUAAGGAAGCAAACUGACUUUGAGGUUAGGGUAAUAAAGAAUAAAGCCUUAGAGCUGAGUGAGGAAGCAGAAUCUACGUCUAGACUUUUACAUGUUACAGCUGCUGCUAACUAUACAUCUGAGGUUGAAGGAGCUAGAAGUAUUGGUCUUACCAAGCUGUACAACAAUCUAGGUAUAACCAAACAAGAACAUAAGAAUAGCUUCGACUAUUUACGUACCCUACGAGGAAUGGACAAUAUAUGGCUGACUGUUGACUAUCAACAAAAAAUUAUGGGAAAUUUAGGUUCUAGAUAAGUUACUGAGAAUAUUUUUUUUUAGAUUGUUAUGAAUAUUUUAACAGCUGGUCUACCUUCUUUACUGACACAGAAAACUUGAAUUUUUAAUUUGUGGUUUGUUUGUCAUUUUUUUUUAAAUAUGUUUAAUACGAAAAGAUAUAGUAUCUGAUUUCAGAUAUCAACAUAUUUUUCUUAGAAAAUAAAGUCGAUUAAUUAAUAAACAUUUGGUAGAAAUUUGUUCUAUUUUUUAUAAUCACUUUUCAAUGGAAUUAUUAAGGUCCAUGCAAAACAUAAUUUUCAAUCUAAAACAUAUUUUUUUACUUAUAUUCUCCUUUAAUAAUCCAUGUAGGAGGUAAAUUCAGUAUUUCUGAUGAAUCAAAAAAUGGUUAACUUAAUACUAACAGUGCUUUCAUUUUACAAAAGGUGCUACUGAAAAAAUAUUUAUGUUUUUAUACACUUUCAUGGAAUAACAUUAGCAGAACUUUUUCAAUGUGUGUGACUUUUAUAGCUAAUUCAAGGUCAUGUAUUCAAACUAUUCAGUGUUUCAUGUGACUUUCAAAGCUUCCUGAAGGUCAUUAUGUAUUCAAAACAAUUCAGUGUUUCUUGUGACUUUCAUAGCUAUUUCAAGGUCAUAAUGUAUUCAAACCAUUUCAGUGUUUUUUGUAACUUUUUAUAUAAAGCUGACCAGCUGAUAAAAAAUGGUUGUAGUUUAUUUUGUUCAACAUAAACCUCUUAACUUACAAACCUCAUUUCUGUUGCAUUCUGAUGAUUCCUUUUAUUAAUACUUAUAUAAUUGACAUAUAUUUGAUAUUAUAU